AUGUUAGACCUAUAGUUUGAAAACUAAGAUACUUAGAUAAGUGUUCCUCCUAAAAUCAGGAAAAAAAGGUAUUUGGAUUAAAAAUUAAGUAGAUUUUUGGCAACACCUUCUCACUAAACAAUAAUAACAUUGAAUUUGAGUGAUAAUUGUGAAUGGUUAAAUGAGGAAAUUGAGCAUCAAAGAAGAAUAAAAAUAAAACCUAUCUUAAUUAUCAGAUUUUUGGAACAGAAAACUGAAGAACCAUUCUGA